CAAGCAGCCAAAGUCGUGCAGCCGCAAUGCCGCAGAACGAAUACAUCGAGGAGCAUCAGCGGCGGUAUGGCAAGCGACUCGAUCACGAUGAGCGCAAACGCAAGCGAACAGCGCGUGAAGUGCACAAAGCAUCGGCAGUAGCCCAGACCUUGCACGGUCACAAGGCCAAGCUGCUCCAUCAGAAGCGCUACUCUGAGAAAGUGGCACUGCGAAAGACGAUCAAGAAGCACGAAGAGAAAGACCAGAAGACACAGUCGGAUGCGCCGGUGUCAGAAGGUGCAUUGCCGACGUACCUGCUCGAUCGAUCGAACGAGAAUAAUGCCAAGAAGCUGUCGACCGCGCUCAAGCAGAACAGAAAGGAAAAGGCUGGCAAGUUUGCCGUGCCGCUGCCCAAAGUCAGAGGUAUUGCCGAGGAGGAGAUGUUCAAGGUCGUCAGGACGGGCAAGACAAAGCGGAAAGGCUGGAAGCGCAUGGUCACCAAGGCCACCUUUGUGCCAGAGAGCUUCACGCGUAAACCGCCCAAACUGGAGCGCUUCAUUCGCCCGACCGGUCUUCGUGUCCGGAAGGCCAAUGUCACCCAUCCUGAGCUCAAAGCGACGUUCCAGCUACCUAUCGUCGGGGUCAAGAAGAACCCACAAUCGCCCAUGUACACUCAGCUCGGCGUGCUCACAAAGGGAACCAUCAUCGAGGUCAACGUUUCCGAGCUAGGUCUCGUCACGACGGGCGGUAAGGUCGUCUGGGGCAAAUAUGCUCAGGUGACGAACAACCCCGAUCUGGAUGGAUGUGUCAACUGUGUACUACUGGUCUAG